UAUCGAAAGAAAUUAGACCCUUGCGGUUUUAAAUUAAAAAGAAAAAUACGAAUGUAUGGGUAGGCCUAUCCGAGCAUUGCCCCGGUCAUUUAGCCUCGGGCGGGUACCCAUGGCAGCCUGAACAGUUCCCCGCCCUGGAAUGGGCAAUGUUGCCUUCGUCUGAGGCUACAGAACUCUUUUGCGACAUAAGGGUAAAACUCUAAGAUGAAAUGAAAACUAUACUAUAACUUGUACGAACGUUUAUAAAUAAAUAUAUUUAUAUUAUCCCAUAUUAUAUAUCCUCUCACCUGUCGUAGAAAAAUUUACAAUAAUAUUUUACAAACCCAAAGAUUAAGAGUAAAAUGGUACUACUUCAACUACAAGCCAAUCAAUCAAUCAUAAUCAUAAAUGUAAAUAGUAAAUGCCAUAUUAAAUUCACGAGUCGAGUGUCAACAGCGUCAUCAACAGAGCAGUGCAUCCAUGGUUACAACAUUGUCAUUAACAAACUAAUUAAUAAGUAUAAUAUGGUAUUAGACUUGUAUUAUUAGCAUACUUAUAACUUUUUGCUUUUUAGCAACUUAUAUAAUAAACUAUACUCUGGCACAUUUAUGAUUUUGAAUUAAAUUUAAAGGCAUAUUAUUCAAUUUAUUGUGCAUUCAGUGCAUUCUCAUGCUCAUUCAGAGUUUCAGUGAUUCAGUGGCAGUCAUAUUCAUUCAUUUUCAUAAUAAUAUGACUAUGAUUAUUAUAAUCAUUCAUAUUGAUAUUCAUAGUCUGAUUCAUAUUUAAACAUAAUCAUCAUAGUAUAGUGACUAUAGUCAUAAUAUUCUUCAUAGCCAAGAUUAUAAAAUUCGGUACUUCGCUGGCUUCACAUAUAGGCCGAUCGCCGAUGAGUGCUGAACUUACAAUUACAAAGAAAGUUACUAAAAUAAGUCAGUGCGCUGCGAUACUGGGAUGAGUGCUCAGUCUAGAAAUUUGAUAUGAUUGACAGACUGCAAUGCAGACAGUGAUAGAGUUACUCAGAGUGCCCUAACUUAUUUGAAAGCUUUCACUUUCUCUCAUUUUAUUCUUUUCAUUUUUUAAUUUAAGAAAAAAUUAUUUAAAUUAAUGGGUGAUGCUCCCAGGAGAAGCUGUCACUGUCAGCAAUGCCACCAAUGAUCAUUCCUCAUGGAAAUGAAUGUGCAACUAAGUGAUUUUUCUUAUAUCAGCCAGUACAAUACCAGUAAUUGUAAUAUUAUCAGAAUCAGACAACUGCUUAUUACAAAACUAGAAGAAUUGAAAUGUUUGAAAAUAGAUUAAUAAUAACUAUCAACAUUUCAAUUUAGCACAGCACUUGGAUAAGUAGGCUAUUCAUUUGGUUAUCUCAAAAAAUUGAUAUGACAUGUUUGGAGUAAUGAAUAUUCUCUAGCUGCUAAUACUGAAGUUCCAAAGCCUAGGUACUCUGGAAAUAGCCAAAUGGGAUUGGUUUGGAGAGGGAAAAAAUAUAUUAAAUAAAUAUAACUAUUAAGCUCAGCUAUGCCACAAUUAGUGUAUGCAGACAAUUGUUAAUUAUGAAAAUAAAACUAGUUUAGAAAUGCAACCAACUCAUAACUUAACUAUAUUAAUUUGCAUGUACGUGAACAUUUCUAACAUUUUCAAUUUAAUUGGUGUGCCUUUGAUACCGUACCUAUAUGUGUUUUGUUUAGAUUCCGGCAAUUAUUAAGUGAACACAACAAGGAAUAUGAAUUCCUCCACUAAUAUUGAAAUUAAUAUGAAUAUUGAAAAAUAUGUUUGUACCCUUUGUUUGUAUCAAUUUAAUUACAAUAAUAAUUUUAAUUCUUAUACUAAAUAAAAGCAAUUUAAUUUAUGCUGCAUCUUUUUCAUAAUUUAUGUUUAAAUUUGGAGCAAUUAGUUCAGCUGCUUUCUAUAUGAAAUGAUCUUAGUUUGUCCCAGUUGACCUGAAUCCAAGGUAUAAUUCAAAACGCAGAUGACAGUUGACACUCUAAAUAAAAUUAAAAUAACUUAACACUAUUGUUCCCUCUAUAACAGUUAAUCAUAAUAAUUAAAUUUAAAGUUAUUAACAACUAGGCUGUAUACCACAGUAUUAAAUUUAUAGUUGGUAAUGUAUCUUCCUUGGCCUUUAACAUACCAGUAUAAAUCAAUGAGCAUAUAGUAAAUUGAACAAACUACAUAGAAUUCUAUUCUAAUUCUAGCACUUAAAUUUUAAAAAAAAAAACAAUAAACACAAUCAAUUUUUUGCAAAUACAAAAUUGUAACUCUAGACUCAAAACUGAAAAAAAAAAACUGAAUGAAUGCUCUGGCAAAGAGAGAAAUUACCUUUUUUUUUUUAAUCAGAGGAAUUUAAUUUGAUUUGUUUUCAUAUAUUUUCUUUGAACAAGUAUAUUGAUUGAUGUGGGUUAUUAACUUUUUUUUUAUUGGGUUAUAAACUUUUUUUUAUAGCUGUGAUGUUUAAAGCAUUUAGAAAAAUGACUCAACCAAUCAUCCUCUGCACCGGUAACAAGAAUAAAGUGAAAGAAAUAAUUGAUAUAUUUGGUGAGGAUUUCCCUUACAAGGUAAGUUAUAUAGUUAUAUAAGAGAUUUGUUCAAGGUUACAAAAAGGCUUCUCCUCUUUCUCUCUCUCCCCCACCACCCAGCUUUAAUUCAUGAGGGGGAAAAAUCUGUUCUGUUUGUCCUAGUAAUUUUGGAUAGGGACUAUUUUCAGUUUGAGCUUGGUGUUGGACACUUUUAUCAUUGAUGCUCUGACCUAGCAAUUUAUGUCUGGCUUAGCCUCUGCAUUGUCCUCAUGUUUUUUAAAAUGGUACACUUUAAUAUUUUGAUGAUUCAAAAAGAGGAGUAAUAAGUGCAAAAAUGUUUUUUAAGGUAUGAAAUGCUAACUGCAUUUCAUUAAUGAAAAUACAUACACUGGACCCUUGAUAUUACACACUUUUUCAGAUCGAACACUUACAGUGACACCAUGUUAAUAUUUAUAUUAAAAAAACAUUUUUUUCCCCAUGAGCCAUUGUUCAUCCUGCUUUUGAUCCACGCAAAAGACAUACGGUCCAGUGUAUUGCUUCUUUAAAAACAUAUCUAAUCAUAUCAAUUCUGCAUUGAUCAAUUGCACAUUUGAUUAACUAGACUAGAACACUGAUUAGUUCAUGAGUGUUCAUGCUUAUUUAAUCUCUCAUCACUGCACUUUUCAAUAAAUUAACACUAGGUGGAAAAUCAAGAUAUUGAUCUCCCAGAAUACCAGGGAGAGCCUGAAGACAUAGCUAGAGCCAAGUGUGAACUUGCUGCCCAACAUGUGAAAGGACCAGUGCUAGUAGAAGAUGUUAGUUUGUGUUUCAAUGCACUUGGUGGCAUGCCAGGCCCUUAUAUUAAGUGGUUUUUAAUGAAAAUUGGACCUGCAGGUAUUUAAGAUAUAAACUUUAAGAUUCUUUAUUUGUUUUUCUUUUUCUGCCUGAGCCAUUAUAAUUUUUAAAUAUAUCAGACGAAAAUUUACUCUUUUAAAAUUAUGAUGUAGUAUUAAUAUUAUUGUUAGACAUUUUGUAUUUGGGAGGUUUUUUAACUACAGGUACCAACUUUAGAAAUGUAUGAUUAUUAAUCACCAAACACGGUUGUGUAAUUUAAAAAUUGAUACUAGUGGGUAAACCUUUUUGAGUCAUGCAUGGUUGAUGCACAUUAACAUAUAAAUUGCAUAAAACAAAUACACAUAUCACAUGUGAUUUGUAUCUUUCUAUUUCCAUUAAAAGAGAAUGCACAUAUAUGAUUUUAUUUCUUUAAAAAAAUAAAAAAUUAGCCUAAAAAUAUUUUAAAAUAUUACUAAUACUUCAAUGAAACAAGUGGACAAAUGUGAGCAUAGGUGUCACCCGGACUAAAUACUAAGACAAAUAUUAUUUUUCAAAGUGUAUGUUGUUAAUUAUUACCAAUUUAGAAAAUGUAGUUUUCUUCUUUUGAAGUUAUCAUUUUAAAAAUUAAUUUAACAGCCAUAUCAUUCAUUAAAAAAUUUUCUAAGGUUACUGUAUCCUUAUCAAUAUUUUUUUCCAGGUCUUUAUAAAAUGCUUGAAAGUUAUGAAGACAAAACUGCCUACGCCCAGUGCAUAUUUGCAUACUGUUCAGGGGAGAAGGGAGCCAAAGUUCAUAUAUUUGAUGGGCGCUGUAAUGGUACAAUAGUGUCCCCUCGUGGGCCUACAGACUUUGGAUGGGACCCUAUAUUCCAGCCAGAGGGCUACACAGAAACAUAUGCUGAGAUGAAUAAGACAUCAAAAAAUGCAAUAUCCCACAGAUCAAAAGCAAUAGCAGCUGUUAAAGAAUUUUUAUUAACUUUGAAACAAUAAAGGAUAAUUUAUGAACCAUUAUUUUAUUUAUUUUCAUUGUUAACUUAGUCUAGGUACCCGGUAUCUCAAACUGAUUUUUCAAAAUGGUCGUAUUGGUUGUUUUUAUGCUGUUAUUUCAAGAACUCAUGAUUCUAAGACUUUGGAUACCAAAUUUGUUCACAUAUCUCUAUUAGUGAAAAAAAGUUUUGAUUUUUUUAAAUCUUAGUACCCAUAUUGGAUAUUUUGACAUUUUUUGGCCACCAUCAAAAGAGCCCUUUUUGUAAAGUUACAUCUGUAAAAGUUAACCUUUUUAACUCAACACAAACCCAAAUAUAUAGAGAACAGACUCAAUUUUUUUUUCAAAUGUAAAAUAAUUAUUAAUUUAUUAAAUAUAAUUGUGAUGAAAUGGCAGACUCAACUACACCCAGUUCUUUUUCACAAGCGCUGUUUAGGC